AUGCCCUUGCAGAGACGGUCCUGGGUCUGGCUGUACAUUAGAAUGGGCGCCAUUCUGGGUGUCUUGCUGGGACGUGAACCAAGCAUCCCGGGGCAACAUGGGAGAAACAGCUGCUAUCAGCUUAACAGACUUUACUGCAACUUCCAGGAAGCAGAAUCGUACUGCCACACCCAGGGAGGACGCCUAGCCUACACUUGGAACCCAAAGCUUCAGGAUCUUCUUCAAAGCUCCCCGAAAAAAGAAACAGUGUGGUGGGUCGGGGAAAACCUAAAGCUGCCCAGAAAGCAUCCAGGGGUAACCCAGACAGGAGGUGUUGCCGCCUCAAGGAACCAAAAGCCUGAAGAGUGCACUUCCAUGGUCACACACGCGGAUGCUUUCUUCUCAGGACGGGACCAGUGCGCAAAAAAGCACCAUUUUGUUUGCCAGGCUGCUGCCUUUCCCACUCAAGGUGCAAGCAUUUGGAGAAAUGAGCUUGGUGCUCGGAUACCCAAGAUAAAAAAAGGAGCCGAGACAGAGAGACAUAUGAUCCCAGGAGCUGGUCACCCGUCAGCCAUGUGUCACCAACCCGCUCCUUCUGAGCUUUCUGAAACUCAGUGCUUUCCCAUCGACCCAGUUUCUUCAGUACCUCCAAAAGCCACACACAAGAUGGCAAUCGCAUCGCCAACUAGAAGUUCACAGGUGACAUCAGUAAUAAUUGCAUCCAGCAGCAGCACACCACAGGCUACAAUAGACACAUCCACAACCAGCAGCCCAUUGCGGGUGAUAUCACAGACCCCUACAUCCAGAAGCCCACCACGGGUGACAACAGCCACAUCUGCAUCCAACAGCAUUAUACCACAGGUGACAUCAGACACACCUGCAUCCAACAGCAGCCCACCACAGGUGACAUCAGACACAUCUGCAUCCAGCAGUCCACUACAGGUGACAUCAGACACACCUGCAUCCAACAGCAGCCCACCACAGGUGACAUCAGACACACUUGCAUCCAACAGCAGCAUAUCACAGGUGACAACAGACACACCUGCAUCCAACAGCAGCAUAUCACAGGUGACAACAGACACACCUGCAUCCAACAGCAGUGUACCACAGGUGACAUCAGACACACCUGCAUCCAACAGCAGUGUACCACAGGUGACAUCAGACACACCUGCAUCCAACAGCAGUGUACCACAGGUGACAUCAGACACACCUGCAUCCAACAGCAGUGUACCACAGGUGACAUCAGACACACCUGCAUCCAACAGCAGUGUACCACAGGUGACAUCAGACACACCUGCAUCCAACAGCAGUGUACCACAGGUGACAUCAGACACACCUGCAUCCAACAGCAGCCCACCACAGGUGACAACAGACACACCUGCAUCCAACAGCAGUGUACCACAGGUGACAUCAGACACACCUGCAUCCAACAGCAGUGUACCACAGGUGACAUCAGACACACCUGCAUCCAACAGCAGCAUAUCACAGGUGACAACAGACACUCCUGCAUCCAUAAGCAGCCCACCACAGGUGACAGCAGACACACCUACAUCCAGCAGACCACCACAGGUGACAACAGCCACAUCUGCAUCCAGCAGCCCACCACAGGUGAUGUCAGAUACAACAGUACCAAACAGCCCACCGUUGCCUGUGAUAACAGCAGUCACCAGGCCUGAAUCCACAAUACCAGUUGGAAGAUCUUUGGCAGACAUCACUACAAACACACAGGAAGACUCUUCCCCAGGAGUCACCUCUACCCAUUCACAGACGUCAUUUCCGAGUUCAACCAGUCAGUCGGUCAUAGAUGAGACAUCAGGGAAACUGAUCCCAGCAAUUCCUGAUUUUCAAGCUCACGGUGAAUUCCAGAAAGCUUGCGCCAUCCUCCAGAGACUGAGAGACUCCCUGCCAGCGUCUCCCACCGCAGCUCAGCUCAGCGUGGCCAGUUUCCUCAUUGACCUGAGCGAGCAGCUGCUGACGCUCCCGUUUCAGAAGAACAACAGUUGGAGCUUUCAAACUCCGGCAGUCAGCUGCCCCUUCCAGGCUCUUGGAAGUAUACUGACAAUCAAGAAAAACAGUCACCAGAUGGUUCAGCAAGACACUGAGCAGGUUGAAGACGUGCUGGAGACAUCCUUGAUGGCCCUGGGGGAGAUCCACAGAGCAUUUUGCCAACAGAGUUUGUGCCCUCAGUCGGCAGUGACCCUGGCCUCUCCCACUGCUACCCUGGUGUUGAGCAGCCAAAAUGCGUCGACAUUGCCCCUGAGCACCUACACUCUGGGUGAGCCUGCGCCCUUGAGGUUGGCCUUCCCAUCCGCAGAAGCGCUGAAGGAGCUCUUGGAAAAACACCCAGGAGUGAACCUUCAAGUAACAGGUCUGGCUUUCAACCCUUUCGAGAGCUCAGAUGACAGGAAUAUUGUUGGAAGCAUUGGCAAUGUGCUGCUGAGCUCUGCUCAUCAGGCGAUCGGCGUCCACGACUUAAUAGAAGACAUUGAGAUUGUGCUCUGGAGAAAUGCCAGCAUGGAGACCCAGCCCACCAGCCUCAACACAAGUACAGACCGUUUCACAAUCUCUGUGAACGUCACUUCCUUGGAGAAAACCCUCAUUGUGACUGUCCAGCCCGAAAGUCCCCUCCUAAUGACACUCCACCUGGGCUUCCAGGACCAGCCAGAUCACACUCAUUUCUACCUCAACAUCAGCCUGCCGAGGAGUCAGGUGUGGCAGAAAGAUGAGGAGUACACGUGGGUGCUGACACCGGAGAGCCUGUGGUAUGGGACUGGCACCUACUACAUAAUGGCCGUAGAGAAUAAAAGUGCAGAGACCACACAGCGCACACCUGUCCCGGUCUCAGUGGUCACAGCUGUCACCCAGUGCUAUUUCUGGGACCGAUACAACAGGACAUGGAAGAGCGAUGGAUGCCAAGUGGGUCCGAAGAGCACCAUUUUAAAGACACAGUGUCUCUGUGACCACUUGACCUUCUUCAGCAGUGACUUCUUCAUCGUGCCCAGGACGGUGGAUGUAGAAAACACCAUCAAACUGCUUCUUCACGUGACCAACAACCCUGUCGGGGUGGUGUUGCUGGCCAGCCUUCUGGGAUUCUAUAUCCUCUUAGCUCUGUGGGCUUGGAGGAAGGAUCAAGCAGAUAUGCAGAAGGUGAAGGUCACAGUCCUGGCUGACAAUGACCCCAGCUCUGCAUUCCACUACCUCAUCCAGGUCUGCACCGGGUAUCGAAGGAGAGCUGCGACAACAUCCAAGGUCGCUAUCACUCUCUAUGGCUCAGAGGGGCACAGCGAACCCCACCACCUUUGUGACCCCGAGAAGACAGUGUUUGAGCGUGGAGCGCUGGAUGUUUUCCUUCUUUCCACCGGGUCCUGGCUGGGGGACCUGCAUGGCCUUCGGCUGUGGCAUGACAAUUCUGGCGACAGCCCUUCCUGGUAUGUAAGCCAGGUGAUCGUCAGUGACAUGACCAUGAAGAAGAAGUGGCAUUUCCAUUGCAAUUGUUGGCUGGCCGUGGACUUGGGCAACUGUGAGCGUGACAGGGUGUUCACCCCAGCCUCCAGAGGCCAGCUUUCUUCCUUCAGAUACCUGUUCUCCUCCACGAUCGUAGAAAAGUUCACCCAGGAUUAUCUGUGGCUCUCAGUUGCAACUCGACAUCCCUGGAACCAGUUUAGCAGAGUCCAGCGGCUCUCCUGCUGUAUGACACUGCUCCUCUGUGACAUGCUCAUCAACGUCAUGUUCUGGAAGACGGGUGGCACCACUGCCCGGAGGGGCAAACAACUAGGUCCACUUGCUGUGACCUUGUCGGAGCUGCUCACCAGCAUCCAGACCUCCCUCAUCCUCUUCCCCAUCCAUCUUAUCUUUGGGCGGCUCUUCCAGUUGGUUCACCCACCAGAAGCUCUGCCCCCGCUUCCUCCCAUCCAGGCUGCCCACCCCUCAACUCUUGUCCGUGAGUCCCCUUCUCUUACACAGGUGGUCAAGGAACUGAAGGAAACUGUGGGAUUCCUGCUCAGGAGAGACACACAUCUGCUCUCGGAGUGUGAACAGUCCUCGUGGAGUUCUUGUGACAUUAACAACCUGGCGAAGCUUUUAUCCAGCCUCGUUUACUCUCACUUAGCCGAUCAAGGCUCUCACCAGCAGACAGAACCCCGCUGGGAAGACGCAGUGUCUGAAAAUCAUUACCAUUUCUGCCGCUACCUUCUCCGAGUUCUGCAGAGACUGAACGCUCACUUAGAUGCUCUUGGUACUGUCCAGGAUCACCAGCCUUAUGACUUCUCAGAAGCAGUCAGCCAACUUCAAACCCUCCAGGGACUCCUGGAGACACAGACUCUUCCCAAGGAGCCAGGGCCAUGCAGGCAUUCAACCAGUUUCUCCAUCCUAAGCCCAGAAGAGGGGAUGAAGCCCAUGUCGUUUUGCCUGUUCAGAUGGUUGAAGUACAGCUGCUGGCUCCUUCUCGGUGCCAUCAGCCUGGCUUCAGCCUUUUUUAUAACGCUCUAUAGCUUGGAGUUGAACAAAGACCAAGCCACCAGCUGGGUUAUUUCAAUGAUGCUGUCGGUACUACAAGACAUCUUUAUCAGCCAGCCGAUAAAGGUGAUCUUCCUGACUUGUCUGUUCUCCCUGAUGGCGAACCGCAUGCCAUGGCUUAACAAAGACAAGGAACAACACGCCCGGAGAAUUGUAGCACUUUGGGCCAAGUGUCCUUCAUCGGCGCCUGGCUUGAGAGAUGAGAACAAUCCUGUCUACACUGCCCCAGCAAUGAACAACCUAGCCACGUGCACAAAGAAGGCCUGGAAGAAGCAGCUCUUCAAGCUGACUGGUGGCACACUGGUACAAAUUCUCUUCCUGGCCCUGCUGAUGAUGACCGUCUACUCUGCAAAGGACUCUAGUCGGUUUUUCCUCCACCAAGCUGUCCGGAAGAGGUUUUCUCACCGUUUCUCAGAAAUCAAAGCUGUAGAAGACUUCUACAGCUGGGCCAACCACACCCUCCUUCCUAACCUGUACGGGGAUUACAGAGGAUUUAUUACUGAUGGGAACUCCUUUCUUCUGGGCAAUGUCUUGCUCCGCCAGAUUCGCAUUCCUAAUGACAUACUCUUCCCAGUAUCUCUCCAUGAACAGAUGAAGUCAUAUGCCCAACAUCAGGAGGACAGAGAGAACUAUGGGGCUGGCUGGGUCCCCCCUGAUACAAACAUCACCAAAGCAGACAGUAUUUGGCAUUAUCAGAGCCAGGAGUUGCUGGGAGGCUAUCCCAUCCAAGGGGAGUUAGCCACUUACUCAGGAGGAGGCUAUGCAGUAAGGCUUGGAAGAAACCACAGUGCUGCAACCAGGGUGCUGCAGCAUCUGGAGCAGAAGCGCUGGCUGGACCACUGCACUAAAGCCCUCUUUGUGGAAUUCACGGUCUUCAAUGCUAAUGUGAACCUGCUCUGUGUGGUGACCGUCAUCUUGGAGUCCAGUGGUGUGGGGAUUUUCUUCGCCUCCAUGCAACAGGACAGUUUAACUUCCCUUCAGUCAUCAGAGCGGGGCUUUGCCUGGAUUAUCUCACAGGUCACCUACUACCUUCUGGUCUGUUACUACGCCUUCAUCCAGGGCUGCCGGCUAAAGCGGCAGAGAUUGGCGUUCUUCACUAGGAAAAGAAACCUUCUGGACACAAGCAUAGUCCUCAUUAGCCUCAGCAUCUUGGGGCUCAACAUGCAGAGCAUCUCUCUACUUCACAGAAACAUGCAGCAGUACCGCGGUGACCGGGACAGGUUCAUCAGUUUCUACGAGGCACUGAGAGUGAACUCUGCGGUCACUCACCUCAUGGGCUUCCUGCUUCUGUUUGCAACUGUGCGGGUGUGGGACCUACUGCGACAUCAUGCCCAGUUACAGGUCAUCAACAAGACACUGAGCAAGGCCUGGGAUGAGGUGCUGGGCUUUCUACUGAUCAUCGUGAUCCUGCUGAACAGCUGUGCCAUGACUUUCAACCUGCUGUUUGGAUGGAGCAUCUCUGACUACCAGAGUUUCUUCAGAUCUAUAGUAACUGUUGUUGGCCUCUUAAUGGGAGUAUCUAAGCACAAGGAGGUCAUUGCUCUCUACCCGAUCCUGGGCUCCUUUCUGGUUCUCAGCAGCAUCCUCGUGAUGGGACUUGUGAUCAUUAAUCUUUUUGUUUCUGCCAUUCUCAUUGUCUUUGGAAAGGAAAGGAAGGCCUGUGAGAAAGAAGCUACACUGACAGAUCUGUUAUUACAAAAGCUAUCAAGUCUGUUAGGAAUCAGCCAGCACCAAAAUCCUUCAUCUGUGAAACACGCUGACAACACUGGUUCCUCAAAUCUCCGGGAAAGAUCAUCAAAGUCUAUGUCUUCUGACGCUGAGGUACUGGCUCCAGCAGAUGCAGUUGGGAGUGUGUCUGGCACCGAUGGCAACUCUGGCAGUACAAAGGUGUUGUAAUUAUCCACGGGUCUGGAAGGGGGCUUUGCAGGAGCUUCUGGCUU